AUGGAUUGGAUGCAAAAUGUUCAUGAUCCUUUGUUACCCCUAGAUAUUCCCGUACAGAGUGGAAUGUGUGAUGGAAAUGUGGAUUAUGUCAAGUUUGAUGUGUAUGAAGCAAGUCAUAUGUUGAAAAUGGAUAAACAAUAUUUGGAUUUUAUUUUAACGUUUUCAAGAAAAAAUAUUAUAAAACUAUCAAUGAACAAACCCAUGUGGUUGGUAAAUAAUGGAAUGAUUGUACCAUUUCCACAAACUUAUUUUUAUUUUUUAAAUUCUGUUGUAAAACAGAACACGCAAGUAAUUACAAUGAUGAUGAUAUGCUGGAGUCGGGAAAUCUAUGUAGUUAUUGAUAUAAUUUUUCAUAUGACACCUGAAAAAGCAUAUACGUACCCCGUGAAAUAUCGUGCACCUUAUGUUGAAAUUAAACAUAAUUUUAAUGUGCUUUAUUUUAAGAAUACGCUUUUUAUGUGUAAAACAGUAAGGGCAUAUGUUUAUGGACGUGUGGAAACAUUUCUUGAAACUAUUUUUCACUUUAGUUCUAUGGACUUGUCACUAGAGACUGUAUGUGUAAAGUGUUCUGAUUGUGUACGAAUGCAUGGCUCGUAUCGUUUAACUGAAAUUUUACUUUAUUACUGUAAAAUGCUUAGGGAUGCACGUAUGCGAAUGUUAUCAAAUUGCAAGGGGGCGUGUGUUAUAAGACAUUUUCCUUGUUUCUCACCGUGGUAUUCACACCCUAGUUGUAAGCAUGGAUAGUGUACGACAAAAUGCGUAUAUUGGGGAGAAUGAGGACAAAAAUGAAAUUCAAGAGUUAUUGUUUUGUGAUAAUAAAUUUUUAAUAUUAGUUAAAGAAAUGUGGCGUUAUUAUUUAAAAUUACCUGCGGGAAUUGAUGAGAUACAAAGUAAUAUUGUAAAUGGCGGGUGUAUAAUACCCUUUCCACAGUGUUAUUUUUAUUUUGAAAAUAUGUAUAUGGUAAAUAAUGCGUUUGCAAGCGAUUCAACAAGACGUGUGGUAAUGGGUUGCGUAUGUUUUUCGUUGGGAUUUUGUGGAUUGAUCGAGGUUGAUUUUUAUAUGCAUCCGCGUAAAUCAAUGUAUAUAGCAACGGAUCGUGCAUGGAGUCCUCCUUAUUGGUCGGUUACCACUAGUAUUGAUAUGAUAUGUCAUGACGAGGAAUACAUAGGAAGUAUACAUUUAUUUUUAUAUCAGAAAACAAAACUUUUUAUGGCUGCUGUUGAUCAAUGUACACAGUGUAGUGACGACGUUUUACGUGAAGUGUGUAAUAAUGUAUUACAUAUGUAUCCAUCUUAUCGUUUGGCGCGUAUUUUAAAAUAUCUUUUAAAACUACAGUAUACGGUUAAAGAUUUUAUGACGUCAUCGUGUAAAUGUAUCACGUGGAAUACAGAACGUCGUAAUUUGCAAUAUGUACCUCCAAGAUGUCGCU